CAAUUUUAAGCCAAAUAAAGGGAAUCGGCCGAUUCCAAAUCUGACUCUUUUGAUAAUCCUCAAGAAGAUUCUAGGACGGUUGUAAUCCUUCUGUAGAGCUUUCGAAGUAUUGGUUUGACCUUUGGUUCGCAGAUGGAAAGUUGUGAUAUUCUUUUGGUUUUAUAAGUGUGAAACCCACAUCAAAUCUCAAACAUCCAACACGUUCUAAUUCGUUUACCCCAAAAAAAAAAAUUCGUUUACCCCCACCCCCCCAAAAGAGAAGUUCUAAAUUCUAACUUUUAAUUCACCCAAAAAUUCCGGUCCGCAGGCGUUUCAGAAGAGUGGAAGCGAAUAUCUGUGAUUGUGUCCCAAGGUCGUUGGAAAAAUCCUAGAUUUCUAGUAACUUUUCAUCGUGGUUCUGGAUUAUUACCCAGGAAUCCUGCUCUCUUUCUCUCUCUCUCAAACGUGUUGAUCUCCCUUGAUCUUGUCAAUUAAUUGCAACGACAAUUAUGCUAAGAGGAGAAACAUAGAUCGAGUCCCAGUAGAACCUCUAAACAGAAUUCAUGUGGGGUACCCCUUUGAUUUGAAUUCCAGGUUUGGGUGGAUUAAGAUGGUUGUCUUGGUUAUUUUUCUGCUCAACAGUAGUUUACUCUCUGCUUUCUCUUAGAAUGUCCCUGGAAGCUUAAAUGAAGUCAGAUAUUAUGGGGCUUCAGAGAAUUUCCUACAUGAGUGUUAUUGCGCGGCAGCAUUUUUGCUGAUUACUGGGUUCUGUGAAGGAUUGACAACACGUUUGAACCAACAUUGAGUUCAAAAGAGAUGAAGAAUCAGGUUUGGAGAUGGGUUUUAGGUUUAAUAUACAUAGUUGCUGUUGCCAGUAUCUGGAUUGCUGCCAGUUUUGUUGUUCAAUCCGUUGUAGAUGCCGGUGUAUCUCCAUUCCUAAUAACCUACAUUUGCAAUUCAUUAUUUAUUGUUUACAUUCCUAUUGUUGAAAUUGCACGCUACUUGGAGGAUUCAAUUGUGAUUUCAUGGUUUAGUCAUAGUGAUAAAAAUGUGAGCCAUUUGCAAGGACCAGCAGAUUCUGAAGAGGUCAUUCUUCUCAGAGAUAAUGGUUUAAGUCCAAAUACAGAUGGUUUGCAUCCAUCUGAGCAGAUUGAACAAUUAGAAAUUAGUCAUCCAAGAAAGAGUAGUGCUUUGGAACCAGACUCCAAGUCUGAAAGGAUAUUGCAUGGUAAAGCUGGCAUAGAACAGCUUCCAGGAAUGACUGACAUUAGUGAGGAUGUUAAUAAACAACUUGAUGAGAAAGGGCGUUGGACACGUACAAGGGUAGCGAAGGUUAGCCUGUUGAUAUGUCCUUUUUGGUUUAUCGCGCAGCUCACCUUCAAUCUCUCGCUCAAGUAUACUACUGUGACUUCAAACACCAUCUUAAGCAGUGCCUCCAGCCUUUUCACCUAUUUGGUCUCUAUGGUUUUCCUGGGUGAGAAGUUCACAUGGGUGAAGCUGCUUAGUGUUCUACUCUGCAUGGCGGGAACAAUAAUUGUCAGCUUCGGUGAUUCUAGUACAACCUUAAGUGCAAUUGCCACAAACCCCCUUCUUGGUGACAUUCUUGCUCUGGUUUCGGCAGGCUUGUAUGCAGUAUAUAUCACCCUUAUACGAAAAAAGCUCCCUGAUGAUGAUGACAGAAAGGAUGGCAGUGCCAGUAUGGCACAGUUCCUUGGAUUUCUUGGGUUGUUCAACCUCAUUAUUUUCCUACCUGUUGCCCUUGUGCUGAACUUCGCAAAACUUGAGCCUUUUUAUACUCUCACUUGGAAGCAGUUUGGUCUAAUUGUUGGUAAAGGUCUACUUGAUAAUGUGCUGAGUGAUUACUUGUGGGCGAAGGCAGUUCUUUUGACAACCACCACAGUGGCUACGGCUGGUCUCACGAUUCAGGUUCCCUUGGCUGCUAUUGUGGAUUCAUUAACUGGACAUGCUCCCCAUAUAAUGGAUUACCUUGGAGCUGCAGCUGUCAUGGUCGGGUUUGCUGGCAUUAACAUUCCCUCUGAUGCUUGCAGUAGUUCAACGGAUGCUAGUCUAGAACAAGAGGAUGAAAAUGAAAUGAUAAUAUUAAAAUCUUGAAUUGGUUGCUGCCUUUCAGUUGGGACUCUUCUGUGAUAUUGUACCAUGAUUCCUUAUCGCUGUGAUCAUUGCAGUUUGGCUGCUAAAAGUACAGAUGAUCUUCAUUAAUAGUUGGUUCACCUCACAUUUGUCCUCAAAUGUCUUUGCAUCUUGGAGUCCAUUGUUCAGUCAAAUUGUGUCAGACAGCUUGUAUUGAGACGGGUUUAUUGCUUCAUGGGAAUAAUUAGAUUAAUCCCCACUGUAACAGACAAAAUCUUCAAGCUGUAGAACUUCUUAUGCAGACAUGCAGCCUAAUUGGUUACAGAAAGGAGCUUGGAGAACCAACUAAAAGAGUCAGUGUAGAUUCACUUCAUUUGGAAAGAGAAAAUCUGGCUGCUGUAAUGCAGAAUAUAUUAACAGGACAGAGGAUCAGAAGACAGCAGUUACUUGAUCCCAAGGAGCGGCAGUAAAAAUGGUAAACUUCUUGAUGAGAACAAAAUCAUCUUCAAUCCAGAGUUCAGAAACUUUCUAAUUGCACAUGCCUCUGCUAUUAACACAUCUGUGUGGGUUUGGGUGUGGGUUUGAGUUUGGGUGUAUCAGUGGGGCAGCUCUGGUGUGUUUUCAAAUCAUUGUUUCAAAUUAAUCAAAAUUCUGGGAUAUUUAAUAAAAUUUUGGUCUCCGUAUGGUCCACUAAACUUGAAUUUUAUGCUUUGGGGUGAAGUUCUGUUUCUUUUGAAUUUCAAAUUCUUUAUCUAAGUUUGUUUUUAAAUUUUUUGAAAAAAUGGAUUCUUCUAGAGCUCUCUAUUCAAGGGAAAUGAUACAGAGAUGGAUUGAUGCAUUUGAGCAGACAGGGAAUGCUUAGUGAUUGGAAUAUGACUGCUAUGAGGCAGUGUGGGAUGAAGCAAGCAGGAAGGGAUUGGCUGAAUAGAACAGAUGUGACCGGGAAUGGGAUAUUGAAUGGAAGAACUCAAUUGAUCAUGAGACGAAUACCUCAAUAAUUUGAUUGCUAGUUAAUUAAAGUAUAUAUGUACUUCAUUAUGUAAUAUAGUUUCCAUCAAAAUCUUCCUUAUCAUUGGGAGGGAUUCUUGAAGACUAUUGAAAACCUCUUUCUGUGAUUGAAA